GGCCCCUUCAACCAACAACACACCCACUCACGCCCCCCAUAUCACUCACAUAAACGUAACUGACUGUGUCAAAUAAUCCUAUGGAUCGCGAUAUAUCAUGACAGACCAACAGCCUCGAGACACCCCCACUGCUACUGCUACUGCCACUGCUACUGACUCUCCUCCUCCUGCUGCCGCUGCUGCCGCUGCAGCCCCAGCUGCUCCAUCUUCCCCCGCUCCUCAGGCUGAGCUCAUCCCCGCAGAGGACCCUGAGGUGCGUUGUACCCUCCCUCUCUUACAUAAAACCUGUAGAGUAAUAAUCAUUGAGAAUUAACAUCUCGUGUCUUUUUUUGCCGUGUUUGUAGGAUAUUUCCGACAUUGAUCGUUAUGAAAUUGAUUCAGCUCUUGGGUCCGACGCUGCCAGUUUUAUGUACCCGGACUCGGUGACGGCGAGCAUUCUCGAGUACAGAACUAUUCAAGGGAGAACAUAUCACAGCGAUCGCUAUGCUCAUGAAUAUGUCAUGCCGAACGAUGAGCAGCAGCUUCAAUCGGUUGACAUCACUCAUCACUACCUCACUAUACUGCUAGAUAACAACCUCUUCUUGGCGCCCAUAUCGCCUCAUGUCCAGAGAGUUCUCGAUGUCGGAACUGGUUCCGGAAUUUGGGCAAUAGACUUUGCAGAUGCGUAUCCAAGCGCUCAAGUGAUCGGCUCAGACCUCUCACCCACCCAGCCUGAAUGGGUCCCUCCAAACGUGCACUUUGAGAUCGCAGACGCAACUCUCACCUGGCCUUGGAAAGACAACUAUUUCGACUUCACCCACAUCCGCUACCUCUUUGGAGCAGUCCAAGACUGGCCUGCCCUCUUCCAAGAAGCAUAUCGAUGCUGUGCACCCGGUGGCUGGGUCCAAUCAUGCGAGGCUGACAUACAUUUCUACUCCGAUGACGGAACGACAGACAGCGAGCCUGCCCUCCAGAAGUGGGCGGAUCUGUACGAGAAAGGCGGCGCGGCAACGGGGAGGACGUUUUUUCUUCAGCAGGAGGCGCUGCAGGAGAGGAGUAUCACAGAAGCUGGCUUCACGGAUGUCAGGAUAUUUGAUUACAAGCUACCCGUGGGAGGGUGGACCAGUAAUCGGAAGCUUUUUGAACUGGGCGAGUACGUCAGGUUGACUUUGGAAAACGAUCUCGAGGGAUACACGCUGUAUAUUUGGCAUAACGUGCUCAACUGGCCGAGGGACGAAUACCCACAGUUUCUCGCGGCGUUGCGAAAAGCGAUCUGUAGUCGGAAAGUUCAUGGAUACAUGAUGGUGCGGUACGUUUACGGGCGGAAGCCAUGAGGCGACGAUGUAUCAGCGAAUGAAUGCGACGAGUGACCAGAACAUUGGGCGGCCGGGCGGGCACAUAGAGCGCGAAGGUCAUGGGCACAUGGAAACGGCGGAGCGCGUGGGUUCAUUUUUCUUGGAGACCAAAGGCGUAUUUCGGGCAGGGCUCUUUAGAGAAUAUUUAAUCAGCAUGACAUUCAGAAAUACUCAUGCACUCGAGGCGAGACUUGCGUACAUCAACGCGACGUUACGGCGCAGUUCGACAGCAUUUCCCCUACCAUCGCGUAGGAUUUUUCAGUCACCACAGCAACACACGCAAACAUCACAGCAUAGCUUCUU